AUGCAACUCCAACUCUUGCUCUUCAUCAAUAUGUCGAUUGUUUACGAUGAUGGCUGGGAAGCGUACAUAUGGAUGGGCUACUGUAUCGAAAUCCUUUUCUAUUUACUAACCGCUUUUGCUGUGCCGAUCACGUACAAGCUUUUGAGUAGCACACCGAUCUUUCACCCAAACAUGUUGAUGAUCUUCUUCACUGCUAUUUUCAGUAUUUACAUCUUUGCCGCUUCUCGAUUAGGGCUUAUCUAUUACGAGGCUCAACCGGAUUUGACUUGUGAAAUCUAUGCGGAAACGAUUGAUACUUGUCCUACGAUGUUGAUUGUCUUCUCGAUUUUGAGAGCUUUCGAUUUCGCAUUAGUGCCUGGUUUCAUCUCUCGAAUUCUAGCGGUCCUUUUAGCGUUGUGGAUCUCGUUUAGCUCGGCUUUAAGCACUCAACUCGUGAUUCGAAUUAAUGAAAAAAAAGAGGAACGAUUGCAUAUUUCUGAUUAUUCAUUGAGUAAAAGAUAUCAAUUAUCGGAGAAUAUUCGAUCAGCACAGCUCCUUUCAUAUCUUCUCUGGUUUACAACAGUGAACAAUACAAUUAUUGGAGGUGUAUGGAUCGUUCACUCAACAAACAUUUCACCAUCAAUGCGUAACAUCAUUGGAACUUUUCUCACAAUCUUUAUGGCUUUCUACUUUUGCGUGACGAGUGUCUUCGGGAUUUUCGUCAAUCGCCGUAUUUAUAUUCUUUGGAAAGCGCUUGCUCGUGCGAAGCUACGAAAAUUUUUG